AUCCACUCCCGCCGUCCUCGCCGUCGCGGCCGCCGGCGGCGGAGGAGGUCUCCGACGCUGAGAUGUCCGACGGAGAGGUACCGCCUCGCCAGGCCGCGGAGGACUUAGUCAGGGGAGUGGCGAACCGCGCCGCGCCGGGCUCGGCCGGCGAAGAGGACGAGGAGAUUUACGACGACGAGAGCUCCGAUUACAACUCGUACGACGACGACGACGACGAAUCCGAUGAGAGCGGUUCGUACUACGAAGACCAUGAGGAUGAGGAGGAGGAGGAGGAGGAGGGUGCCGGCGGGGACAGGGCCUCCGGGAGCGCGGAGGAGGAGGCUGCGUCGGUCGGCGUGGGCGGCGGCGGCCCGAAGGCGGAGGGGAGUCCCCGGGCGGCGGCCACCUGCUGCAUCUGCAUGGAUCCCUGGGCCUCCUACGGCGGCCACCUGCUGCAUCUUGUUUACUACCAUGGGACUUUCAUUUAUGUUGUCUCCGCCAAGGUUUUCGAGUCAACGAGUCAUUCUGGGUAGCGACUCUUGACGAGUCGUGUUGUGCCGCUGGACUAGUCGAGGUGUUUGACCGACUUGCAGUUACGACUCAUCGGCUAGUG